GUGAACAAGUACAAGCACAACAAGCGCCAGAUCUCAAUGCUAUUGUAGCUGAUAGUAGGAAAUUUUUGCAAAAAGAACCCAAAAUGGAUCUCCCAGACAAAUUCAACAGAUCUCGAAACAAAUUCAGAGAAUUUUUGAAUCAAGUUCGUCUAAUUAUCCGUAUACAACCCAACCAUUAUCCCACAGGUGAAACUCAAGUAGGCCUCUUAGGAAGUCUGCUCAUAGGACCUGCUUUGUUUUGGUUCGUACCCUUAUUAGAAAGAAACUCUCCAGUACUUGAAGAUUUCGAAACCUUAAUUGCAGAAUUUGAGAUAAUAUUUGGUGAUGCAGAUAAGGCCAGAACUGCUUCGAACAAAAUUCAAAAACUUUCUCAAGACCCUAGGCUAGCUGCCACUUAUGCCUUAGAAUUCAGACAAAUCACUAGUGAUCUUGAUUGGGGUGAAGCAGCCCUUAUAAAUAAAUUCAGGGCGAGUCUUCGGGAUGAUAUUAAAGACCUACUUCUAUCAAUAGAGGAUCCAACAGACUUAAACGAUACCAUAACAAAAGCUGUGCGUUGUGAUAAUUGUUUAUUUGAAAGAUGCCAAAAACAGCAACAAAAUACUUACCAAAGUUGGAACCAACUGACUAAUACCAACAAAAUCUCGGGUUCAUCUCCUGAACCUAUACAAAUUGAUAAUAUUCAACCAAGAACACUGACGGAAGCUGAAAAAAAAAAGCGGCGUACCUAUAAUCUUUGUCUCUACUGUGGCAAUCCGGGUCACAUAGUAAGGAGCUGCCCCAAGAAAAGUAGACAGCAACAUAAAAUCAGUAGUGUUGAAGCAAUAAAUCUGGAAGAAAUUUCAGGAAAAGAGGAGUUCCAACCACAGUAG